AUGAAGUCUUCAACAGUUUGGAGCGAGUAUUCGAAGCUGAAAUGCAUGAUAUACAAGGAACGACGCGUCGAUAUCAGCAAAUUUCAUGGACUCAUUGCAUUUCUGAAACGAAACGGUGUCGGCCAUGUUGCGAAAAAAUCGAGCAUUUUGACGGGCGACGAUUUCAACAAGUUCAUCAUGGAGGCAGAUGACGAUAAAUUUUUAAUGAUGAAGGCGGCAUUAAUUAUCGGUAUCGGUGGAGGAUGUCGUCGGGCUGAAUUGGCAAAAAUGUCGGUGAAAGAUGUUGUUGAUCGCGGUGACUACUUGCAUGUUUACAUCGGGGACACAAAAAACUACGAUCCAAGAGAUUUCGCUAUCACAGAAGGCGGUUUGAGAUACAAUUUAUUGGGCAUCGUGCGAAAAUACAUGUUGUUACGAAAGUCACAUACGCCUCAUGAUCGAUUCUUUGUGUGUUACCGGAAUGGGCAGUGUACAACUCAGGCAGUUGGCAUCAAUACCGUUGGGGCGAUACCCAAACGAAUUGCUACGUUUUGCGGUUUGGAUGCACCAGCUUUGUACACAGGACAUUGUUUUCGACGGAGUUCAGCUACAUUGUUGGCUGAUGCUGGUGCGGAUCUUUAUGUCAUUAAACGACAGUUUGGUUGGCGAUCGGACAAAGUUGCAGCCGGAUAUGUGCAGUCAUCUGCAACAAGCAAACGCAAAAUUUCUGCACAAAUUUUCGGAGGUGUACCUUUUCAACGUUCUUCGUCGAGCAAUGCGAUGAGUGCUAUUCCAUCUACAAGCAACACCGCUAUUCCAUCUACAAGCAACACCGCUAUUCCAUCUACAAGCAACACCGCUAUUCCAUCUACAAGCACCACCGCUAUUCCAUCUGCAAGCAACACCGUUUUUCCGUCUACAAGCACCACCGCUAUUCCAUCUGCAAGCAACACCGUUUUUCCAUCUACAAGUACCACUUCUCAUGACGUUGUCGCUAAUUUGGGUGAUUCAGCUCCCAAAGAAAUUAAUCUCAACAUCACCGGUUUAAGUGACGGUAUUUCGGCUGCGCUCAUCGAAAAUAUUGAUCGAGAGGAUGCACAUGGUGCUAGUUUCGCUUCAAAACAAAUUCGGAUGAUUGGAACUGCAUCCGAUUCCGAUACGACCGGCAAUACCAGCCGUACAAUGUCACAAUCAAUUACAAUAAUUGAGGGCGCAUCUGCUGGUGCAGAUUCUUCGGAUGCUCCUGAAACGCCUGUCCUUCCAAAUUUUACAAAAUCUGAAUUCAACAAUUGUACAUUCAAUUUUUAUCGUACGUUUCACGGCAAGCCUUUUUAA